AUGAAUUUAAUAAACUUUAUUAUUUUUUUAACAAUUCUUGUUGCAUUAGUAUUAGCUAAACCAUAUAAUAAAAUUUGUGGUUUACCAAAUGAUAUUCAUAAAUAUCCUAAUUAUGUUGUUGAACAGUUACAAAUUAUAUGGAAAUAUUAUAUUCCAUCAUCAAAUUGUGAUGCAAAAUACCUGUUAACACAAAAUGUUCUUAGAUUAUAUAGUGAUAUAGUUGAUCAUCUUUCUGAAACACAAGAAUCUACAUUUAUAAAUAUCAAACCAGAUAAUGAAAAUUUUCAUAAUACUGAACUAUCAAAACCUGCUCAAGCAUUAGGUUCAAAAAGUAUGCCAAUUAUUGAAAAACCUGAUUACCACACACAACCAGAACAAUCAUACUUUUUUAGUACUUCUGGAAAUUAUGAUUCAAAAGGGCCAACUGCUCCUGUAACUACUAUAGGUGAAGAUGCUCCUGGACCAUAUUUAAAUACAGAACAGGCAACAUUUCUAAAGCAUGUUACACCACAAGUUAGGGAUAUGUUUCUUAGAUUAUUUUAUGAUACUGAUAUUCCAUCAGAAAGUUUAAGAGAUCAUAAAUUACAUAUGUUGGCAGUGUCUAUGCUAGAUACAGAAACUUUAAAAUCAUUUGAUACAUGGGCUGUUGCAAGAAGAAAAGCAUUAAAAGAUAUUUCUUCAAGUGUACCAAAGAAAAAACUUUUAGUUUAA